CCUGAAUAUCUCCCUGAAUAAGUCACUCAUUUUGGAAAACAGAAGCAUAGCGCGUCUCUCUCUAAAUACCCUCCCAGCAGGCAGAACUCUCAUCUGCUGCCUCCUCUCCUCCCUGCGCGUAAAACUCAACUGAUCGGACGGCAACAUGGCUGGAACUCUCCUCCUCCUCCUCCUCCUGCCUCCUCUCCUCCCUGCGAGUAUGCUCCACCAUUCAGGCGACAACAUGGCUAUGGAGGUGAAGAAUAUGCCCCUGAAGGUGGGCCACACAUUGACCGUCACCGGGGUCCCGAAUGCGGGUGCUGAUCGCUUUGGGUUGAACAUCCUCUCCGGGACCGACAACGCGUUCCACAUGAGCGUGUGGUGGAAAGCAACAUCAGUUGGCCACAAUGUCGACGAGAUGGUGAUCUACAACACGUACCAGGGGGGGGUCUGGGAGGAGGAGAUCCAUCAGGGGGGGUUCCCCUUCAAACAAAAGGAGCUUUUCAAGUUCACCGUCACCCUGACCCAUGAGGAGUUCUUGGUGAUCCUGAGCGAUGGCUCUGAGGUCCACUUCCCCAACCGCCUGGGGGCGUGUGAAUACCUGGACUUCACCCUCUGGGGCGGCGUCCUCAUCCGCAGCUUUGAGAUCAACUAACCCUGAGCUGGAUCUCCUCCUUCAGUCUGGUGGCCUCUCCUCACAGCAGACCGGUUCACAGGCAGAUGAGAACCACUCACUUCAUCAACCUCUGACAUCCCUGUGUUAGAUGUUCUUUACAAAGCUUUUUAUGCAAUGGCACCACUGAUUGAUUUGUUUUGUUUAGGCCUUUGUAUUCCUUUGAGAACAUCGGCCAUUGAUGAAUCGCUUCCUCCCUGGCCUGUCUUGGGCCAUCUUCUCCAUCUGUUGCCCCGUCAGCCCUUCCUCCUUCCAUCGUCGAACUGAUGUGUAUUAAAAAAGAUUUUUUUAGCAAUGAUAA